UGUCCUCCUCCUCCCCAUCCUGCAGGCGGGGUAUGCAGCAGCACCAUUCCCCAUUAGACAACCGUCUUUUUAGAUUGAUUUUCGUUAAAUUAAUUCUGGUCAUCUUCUUUCUUCAGCAGAGCAGCAGCUAUCUUACUUCCCAUGUAAGAAUAUCAUCUGAAUGCAACAAACUUCCAAAACAACAUCCCAAGUAGCUAUACUCAAAACUGAAAACAAAUAAGGGAAGGGAAAAAGACACAAAAACCUCCAAGUUCAAAUUCCACACAUGGAUUUACCAAAUCCCAAUUCCCAACCUAUGAGAGUCCUUAUUCGGCCCCCAACUCCAAACCCACCACCACCCUCCCCUCCUCCUCCGACACCACCUGAUCCUUCACCCAUCCAAAGUCCAACUCCCACCCCAUCUCAGCAAAACGGCAUCGUUGUAGUGGGUUUCGCAGGCAGGCGCCACGGCGAUGUAACCCAACUGAUUAACCGAGUUAUUGACGCAAAUGUGUUUGGUUCUGGGAAUCUUGACACCCCCUUUCGUUUCAAUAAGCAAGAAUUGAUUAGUGAGGAGAUUGAGGAGUGGUUUAAGCUGAGAUGCAUCAGCUAUUAUUUUGAAGAGGAAAAAGGGAUUUUGUAUUUGCAGUUUUCUUCGAUUUCUUGUCCGAUCAUGGACGCGGAUUUGGAGUCUCAAUUGGGAUUUGACUCUUUAUUCGAGGACCGAGAAUUCGGUGAUCUUCAAGGAUUGCUUUUUAUGUUCUCUCAAUGCAGGUUUGCCAUGUACUAAUAUUAACCCAAGAAGGAUCACACUUUGACACACAGAUUUUGAAAAAGUUUCGAGUGUUGCAAGCUGCAAAACAUGCUAUGUCUCCCUAUUUCAAAUCACAGAGUAUGCAACCAUUGACACCAAAUUCUCAUGCUUCAUCUUCUUCUAGAAUGUUCCUGUCAGGAGCAUCAUCAAAUAGUCCAUCUCCUGGUAGAAGCCGCAGCAUCUUAAAUCGUGGUGCUGCAGUGACAUUGAUGUCUGGCUUAGGUUCACACUCCUCUUUAUUGCCGGGACAGUGUUAUCCUGUUAUUCUUUUCAUUUUUCUUGACGAUUUUAGUGAUGCUAAUCCUAGUUCUGCUUUGGGAGAGCAAGUGGAGGGUUCCCCGUUAAGUCAGUCAUCAAGUUCAAACAAUAUGGCUAGGCCAAACUUACCAACAAAGGGAUCUGGGUCAGUUGUUGUACUGGCUCGUCCUGUCAAUAAACCUGAAGGUGGUUUCAGGAAGAAAUUACAGUCAUCCCUUGAAGCACAAAUUCGUUUCUCUAUCAAAAAAUGCCGAAUACUUUCAAGCUCUGAAACUGGUCAUGCUGGUACAAGAAGUGGAGGCAUUUCAAGUGCAGCACCUUUAUUUUUGCUAGAUGCAUCAAAAGCUGUUAUACUUGUAGAUUUGUGCUCAAACCAUAGAGGUGAAUCUCUUGAGUUUGCCACUCGCCUUGUUGAAGAUGUUAUUGAUGGGACGGCAACUUCAGAUUCUCUUUUGCUCGAAAGCAAUAGCCAGAGUGCAAACAAGGAGGACAUACUUUCAGUUAAAGAAUUCAUUUUAAGGCAGUCCGAUAUCCUGCGAGGAAGAGGGGGUAUGGUAUCUAGCACCAGCAGUGGCCCAGCUACUGGUGUUGGCAUGGUAGCAGUUGCUGCCGCUGCCGCAGCGGCCUCAGCUGCUUCUGGGAAGACAGUUAGUACUCCUGAACUUCCGAGCUUAGAGACCUGGCUAUCUUUGAGUCAACCAAUUCUCCAUGGAAUCCUUUCCGUGAAACCAGGGUAUACUGGCAAAAGUGAAUUUAGCAAAAGAAAACCGGACCAACAAAAUGCUGCUAUGCCUGCCGUUGAAGGGAAUGCCUCAAAAGCUACUGAUUCCUUAGAAAAUGCCAUAUCUAUUUUGGAGAGUGGUAGAGGGCUGUGCGCCAAAUUUUCUACUUUGUGGUGUGAAAAAUCCCUUCCAAUCGCUAAAGAGAUUUAUCUGAAUGAGUUGCCACCCUGUUAUCCAACUUCACGGCAUGAAGCCCACUUGGAGAGGGCUCUGGUGGCUUUUAAGUCAAUGGUAAAAGGACCUGCCGUGCAAAUUUACAUGAAAAAACUCAAGGAUGAAUGCACAUCCAUCUGGAGUUCUGGUAGACAAUUGUGUGAUGCUGUUAGUUUGACAGGAAAACCAUGCAUGCAUAAAAGACACAGUGUUGGAACUGAUGAUUUGCUUGUAACCGACGAGAUCAAGCCACAUUCCAGUGGAUUUGUAUUCCUUCAUGCAUGUGCAUGUGGUCGUUCAAGACAACUACGAUCCGAUCCUUUUGAUUUUGAAACAGCCAACAUUACUUUCAAUUGUUUUCCAGAAUGUGACAAGCUUCUUCCUGCACUACAUAUCCCUCAAGGUAGUGUUGAAGGGCCUAUUAAACCUUCUUGUUGGAGAUUGAUACGUGUUGGUGGUGCAAGGUACUAUAACCCUGCAAAAGGUCUACUCCAAAGUGGCUUUGGUACAACUCAGAAAUUCCUUUUAAAAUGGUCAAUUGUUCUUGGAAAACAGAAGAUGAGCAAUGGUUUGUCUUUGAGUAAUCAGCUACAAGUUUAUUCAAAUAAAUUAAGUGGCAGCGACAAAGAUGAACCUCUUGCAGGUAAAGACACAAAGAAGGUUGGUAAUGCUCAUUUUCAGGCACAAGAAGUGCAGAGUGAAGUUGAAGUACCGAAAAGGCAGCCUUUAUUAAACAAUAAAGCUAGUGACAAAAUGAUGGGAGUUUCCAACUCGACAAUGAGAAAACCUUUUUCUGAGGUGGUUGCUGGAUCAGCUGGAACACAUUCAGGGUUUCCUCCUCUUCAAACUAGAAAACAACCUCUGCCAGGUUCUGAGAAGGGUAUUAAGCAGCAUGAUACAAGAGAGAAGGGUUUGUCAAAGGCCAUGGAAAUUGCCAAUAAUCAAGGGUCUCAAAAACUUCCAAAUAUUGCUACUAUUGAUCAUGCAACCAAUGGGGUUGCAAUUAAUAUUAAUGCUGAUGCAAAUAGUGAUCCACCAUUACAGAUAGGUAGCAAUGAUGUUCCAAUGAACAUGGCUACUGGAGGUAAGGUGAGAGAAUUUAUUCCUCUGAAGCAUGUAUCGAUUUAUGUUGGGUUCGAGCAUGAGUGUCCCCAUGGGCACCGGUUUAUAUUGACGCCAGAUCAUCUCAAAGGCCUUGGUUCCCCUUAUGCAAUGCCUGAAGAAUCUCUUGUUACAUCAUCCAUUGAGAACUCAGAUCAUAAUAUGGCAGAUUCUUCUAAAUCUGGUAAGAAUGGUGGUCAUGCUAGGGCACGCAAACAGUCAAACGGAAUUAUUAACAAUGCUUUUCGCAUGACAAGUAAUCUGGAAGAGUCAAAAGUGAGAAGCACCAAUAAAAGUGUAUAUGAAAAUGGACAGAUGCAAGUUUCCAAUAUAUUAAGAGAACAAAAUCUCAGUGAAGCUAAAGGUACUUCUUCAGUGAUGGACCUUGCAGCUGGUUUUCAGUCUGUUAAUCUUGAUGAUGGUGGAACUGCUUUCUCCCUCUUGAAUAGAAGUCUACCCAUUUACAUGAACUGCCCUCACUGCAGGGAGUCAAGGAAGAAAAAAGAUACAAUGAAUGUUAAAUUUGCUAGCACUAUUUCACAGCUGCAAAGGAUCUUUUUGGUCACGCCUGCCUUUCCAGUCAUUUUAGCAGCCUGCCCAAUUGUGCAAUUUGAGGAUUCAUGCCUCCCUUCAACAGUCCCAGAUUGCAAAGAAAAGCUGCAAUUUGGCCUUGGCUGUCGGGUAAUUUUGCCUCCAGACAGUUUUCUCUCACUCAGGCUUCCCUUUGUUUAUGGUGUAAAGUUGGAUGAUGGAAAAGUGCAUCCUCUUACGCCUUUCAAGGAUCAACCGCAACUGACUGCCUGGAUUACCAAAGGCACCACAUUGCAGGUUGUAUCUCAAGGAAGCAAUCUUGCUGAAGGAGCUUACAUGUAGUGAAAUUUGGUGAACCUGAGGAGUGAUGAUCAAAAUAGUAUGGUUCACUUUGUGCUUUCCGAGGCAGAUUGCUCAGCUAACCUGCUGUCUGUUUUUCAGAUAAUUGGAUUGACCUGUGCACCUCAAUCAUGUUGAGAUCACAUUGUCAUGCUGCUAUUCAUGGACCCAUGGUAGAUGACACUUGUGCGGGUGGCAGAAACCUUUGGUACAAUUCCUUUAUCCUUUUUGAUUUUUUGAACCUGAUCAUAAACUAUGAGAAGCCAACAAUGUUGGGUUAAUUCUUAGUACAUUAGAGCUAUCCUGUUGUGUGGCUUGGGCACUCAAUUUCUUCGAAAGUAAACUAGUUACGCAUGUCUGUGUAAGUAAUCAGUCAGGCGGGAAGGUUUUAAGUCAUGCCAUCUUUUUUCUGAUUUUUGGGGAAUGCGUGCUAUAUAUUUGCCUUCUCAAAUCUCAAUUCCUUUUCAAGUUCUAGUGUGUUUGCACAAGAGUUCUUUAGCAUUUAGUGAGGGGGAACACGAAGUAAAAACAAGUCGAAUGGAGUCAAAGAGAAGGAACAGCAGUAUUGGUUGGAUGGAACAAUUACUUUUAGUUGCUUACACUAAGGUUCAGGUUAAUCUUCCUGCAUCUGCAGAAUACAAUUUGUUAGCAGUAUGCUACUAGAAAAUAUUCUUGGUAACGUUCCUUCAACUAUUUGCUAAUUGCCAUUUAUGCCAACGUUUUUGGUUCUUGCCUCUUGUUUUUAUGUACAUGGAGAGGGUGUGUGUUGCCUGAGCUCUGAUGUAUCAGCUGAUUGCAAGCUAUGACAAAGCACAAUUUUCUGCCAGAAUGAAUUCAGCCGGUUGCUCAAGCCUCAAGUUCCAAUGAAAGGAUCAGGGAGGGGGCAACUGCCUUAUCCCAUCUGAAGAAGUUCCCUCUCCGAGAGGUCCAUUCCUAGAGGAUCUGCUUAAUCAUAUUGAUGGCAACUUGGGCAUGCCACAUUUGAAUAAAGGAUGUGAAAAAUGCAGUUUUCAUUAGUCCUUCUGCGGAUGGCUUCAUGCUUACUUGUCAAUUACCUGUCACAUUUGUAUUUCAUUUUCUUUUGCAAAAUGAAUGCAUGGGAAGUUAUUGCGUCCAAUAUUUUCUCAUUCUACAGUUUCUGAGCUGUGACCAACAAUUAUUGCAUCCUUUUCGCU